AUGGACUCUGACUCUUCUGAUUCAUGUGGUUCUCACAUCUCUGCAACUCCACCUUCAAAGUAUUCCAGGGUUAGGGUUUUAUCCCAUGCAAAUAUUCCUAACACCGGGGUUGUUUCUCCUUCGAAGAAUUCUAGAGUUAGGGUUUUAUCCCCCAUAAAGAAACCUACCACUAGGGUUUCAUCCCUUUCAAAUAAUUCCAGGACUAGGGUCCCAUCCCCUUCAAAGAAGUCUAAGUUUAGGGUUCCAUGCCCUUCGAAAAAUUCCAGGGUCAGGGCUUCUUCCUCAAAACCAGAUGCAAUCUGCAAUCCUGAACGCAAUCCUAAACGCAAAAUUUCGUUCAAUGCUCAAACCACAACUGAGAUCCCCUUUACCUCUCCUGAUCUCUUGAAUCUCGAUGGUUUUUCGAUCAAAGUCCACAGACCUGGACUUCAAUCCAUUUCUGCUUCCAUUGAUAAUACCGGCAUAAUCUCAGCUACCCAUUUCUCUCCUGCUGCUGGUUCUUCUCGGUUUAUGAAACUUGGCCUAAACCCUGCCAUUGAUGAUGAAAAUCCAGUGGUUUCAGCUUCUGAUCUCAAGCCUUUCACUAAAUUCAAGAAAGUUCCAAAAUUUCACCCAAAUUUGAUCAGUUCUUCAGUGAUAUCACCCAAAAAAGUGGUGAAGAGAUGUUCAGAUAGUGGCAAUUUUGUGAAGCUUAACAUUAAUGGAGGGGGGAAGUUCUCAUUCAAGGGGAAGAGGAGAUUUUCUCGAAAGAGUGACCGCAAAACUUGGAAGAGGAGGAGAAAGGAGGACAAGGAUGAUGGGGUUUUUGAGCAAGAGGUUUUACAAAGCAAUGGUGAUGUGGAUUUUAAUGGAGAAUUGGUUAAUGAGAUUUUAUCUACUGUUAGGGAGAAUCCUUCAGAUGAGAACCUUGUCAGUUUGCUGAAACUAAUUCAUGGGUUUGAUGGAUUUCGAGAGUGGCAGUUGGAGGCAAUCAAACGGGUGCUCAAGCGAGAGUCUGUUAUGCUUGUGCAGCCGACUGGGUCUGGAAAAUCCUUGUGUUACCAGCUUCCGGCCUUGAUUUUGCCAGGAGUGACUCUGGUUGUGAGCCCUUUAAUUGCUCUGAUGGUUGAUCAACUACAUCAGCUACCUCCUGCCAUACCUGGAGGGCUCCUCUCAAGCAAUCAAAACAGUAAAGAGGCAUCUGAAGUUUUGGACAAACUUUGCUCUGGCCACUUGAAGGUGCUUUUUGUUUCACCUGAACGCUUUUUGAAUGAUGUGUUUGUGUCAAUAUUUCACAAUCUUCCUCCUAUAUCGCUGGUCGUGAUUGAUGAAGCACAUUGUCUUUCCGAAUGGUCUCAUAAUUUUCGGCCUUCAUACUUGAGGCUUCGGGCUUCCAUUCUUCGAAGUAAGCUUAACGUUGAAUGUAUCCUUGCUAUGACUGCGACAGCAACAGUUAGAACUUUGCGAUCUAUUACGGAUUCUCUGGAUAUUUCUCCAAUCAAUCUUAUCCAAGCUUCUCAUGUGAGGGAAAAUUUGCAGCUCUCUGUAACUUUCAGUGGAAACAGGUUGAAGGAUCUGUUAAAGUUGAUCAAGUCUUCCCCCUUUGCUGAUCUUCAAAGCAUCAUUGUUUACUGCAAAUUUCAAUUUGAAACAGAUAUGGUUAGCAAGUUCCUUUGUGAUAACAACAUCUUGGCAAAGAGCUACCACAGUGGCAUUCCUACAAAAGACCGGAAUCGUGUACAAGAAUUAUUUUGUUCCAACAAGAUAAAAGUGGUAGUAGCAACCGUGGCAUUUGGCAUGGGUCUGAAUAAGAGUGACGUGGGAGCGGUGAUUCAUUAUAGUUUACCUGAAAGCUUGGAAGAAUAUGUUCAGGAGACUGGACGUGCAGGAAGGGAUGGAAGGUUGGCAUAUUGCCAUCUUCUAAUGGAUGAUAGCACUUAUACUAAGCUAUGCAGUCUUUCAUACAGUGAUGGCGUGGAUGACUAUGCAGUAAAUAAAUUCCUGUGUCUUGUUUUCAAAGACUACAAUGAGAAUUCUGCCAAAGUUUGCUCCUUCAUCAUAGAGCCCACGACCAAAAAAUUUGAUAUGAAAGAAGAGGUAAUGAUUACCAUCCUAACGUAUUUAGAUAUUGGGGAGGUGCAGUACCUUCGCAUGCUUCCUCAACUAAAUGCCACUUGUACUCUAUGUUUUCACAAGACUUCCUCAAGCUUGCUCUCAAGAAAGCACAUUAUUAUUUCAGGAAUUUUGAAAAUUGCAAAAGCUACGCAAGGACAGUAUGUGUUUGAUGUACCCACGUUAGCAAAAACUGUUGGGUUCAGUAUCGAUGACCUAAUGAGACAGUUGCAGGAACUGCAGUCCAUGGGAGAAGUUACCUAUGAACUGAAGGAUCCUGCUCUAUGUUACAUGGUCAUGAAAGUUCCAGAGGAUUAUUGUUCUCUUGCCACUAACAUCUCAAAAUGGUUGGGAGAGGUUGAAAAGUGUAAGGUGUGGAAAUUGAACACCAUGUACAACAUCGGCUCCUUUGCCGCAAAAUUGUGUAAGAAAACUGAAGGAUGCAGUGAUACACUUCAUACCCCUUGCUUGCAAAGAAUGAUUUUGGGGUAUUUCACCUGUGAUUCUGAGAGUCAGCAUGAUGAAUUCCCAAAUAAGGCACAGCAAAGCAGCCGAUUUUUACGAGCAGAUAUAAAGAUCUAUUACUUCCAUUCUUUUGGAUUCAGGUUUUUUUGCAGAGCAACUCGCAUGCUAAGUUCACACCAAGGUCAGUUGCAAGGAUACUGCAUGGGAUCUCCAGUCCAGCCUUUCCUUUGGCAACAUGGUCAAAAAACCAUUUCUGGGGAAGAUAUUCUGAAAUAGACUUCAUUGCAGUCAAAGAAGCUGCAGCUGCAGAGCUCAUGACUUUUGUGGGGAAAGCAAGCAUGUAAUCAUUCAUUAGGGAAAAUUGGUGGAAACUUCUUUAUUAGCUGAGUGGAGCUCUUGGAAUAAAUUGUAUCGGCUUUAGAUUUAUUUAUGAUUGUCUAUGUGCAUGUGAAUUCA